UCAAGUCGGGGAGUAAUGGCAUGAGUAGUGCAUUAUACUCUUAAGACACACUUUAGAAGGCGCGAUUGUAAUUGUCAAUUUACCACGUCAAGUUCAUGGAAUGAUAAACGAGGAGAAAGGCGGACUGUGUGAUACGUUGUAAAGUUACGCACAAAAAAAAGCGUCAAAACUCCCAAACUCUCGGACCCGCAAACAGGCUUCAUCCAGCGCUUCAUCUUUAUCGUCCCCAUUGCUGGCUUCAUUCAAAAAGAAGAAGGAUACGCUGCUGCUACUGCUGGACAUGUGAAUGCUAAAAGGAGCUAUACUUGGACCACGCGCAACAAUGAAGACAACGUCCGUACUGUGUUUCCUCGGCUUUUGCCUCACUUGCGUCUUGUUGUUGGGGUCGAGCUCCGCGCAAUCAGUUUGUGAUGGGACUGAGAACAAGUUGAGUACCCUGUCCGACCUGGAGCAGCAGUACCGCACAAUGAGGAAGUACUACGAGAACUGCGAGGUGGUCAUGGGAAAUCUGGAGAUCACCAGCAUCGGCCGCAGCCGUGACCUCACCUUCCUACGAUCCAUCAGAGAGGUGACAGGUUAUGUGCUGGUGGCUCUAAACCAGUUCGACUAUCUACCCCUGGAAAACCUGAGGAUCAUCAGAGGGACCAAGCUGUAUGAAGAUCGUUACUCUCUGGCUGUGUUCCUCAACUACAGGAGAGACGGGAACUUUGGUUUGCGCCAGCUCGGCCUCAAGAACCUCACAGAGAUCCUGAGUGGAGGCGUGUACGUGGACCAGAACAAGUUCCUGUGCCACGCGGACACCAUCCACUGGCAGGACAUUGUGAAGAACCCUGGGGUUCACCCUCUGGUGGUGCCCACCAACAGCAGUGUGGCAUGUCAGAAGUGCCAUCGCUCCUGUAAUGGUCGUUGUUGGGGGCCCAAGGAGGACCAGUGCCAAAGCUUGACAAAGACAGUGUGUGCGGAGCAAUGUGACGGUCGCUGCUUUGGGCCCUAUGUGAGCGACUGCUGCCACCGCGAGUGUGCUGGGGGCUGCUACGGGCCCAAGGACACUGACUGCUUUGCCUGCACCAACUUCAAUGACAGUGGCGCGUGUGUGACCCAGUGCCCACAGCCGUUCGUUUACAACCCAACCUCAUUCCAACUGGAACACAACCCUGGAGCCAAGUACACCUACGGCGCCUUCUGCGUCAAGAAGUGCCCACAUAACUUUGUGGUAGAUCAGAGCUCGUGUGUCAGAGCAUGUCCCAGUAACAAGACGGAAGUGGAGGAAAACCGCAUCAAGAUGUGUAUCCCCUGUACCGACAUUUGUCCAAAAGCGUGUGACGGUAUAGGCACAGCCAGCCUCCAGGAGCAUCAGACUGUGGAUUCGAACAACAUUGACAAAUUUGUGAACUGUACUAAAAUAAAUGGGAACCUGAUCUUCCUCAUUACGGGAAUCAAAGGGGACGUCUAUCACAACAUCGAAGCUCUGGACCCAGAAAAGCUCAAUGUAUUUCGCACAGUUCGGGAGAUCACAGGUUAUCUGAACAUCCAGUCCUGGCCCGACAACAUGACAGACCUCAGCGUGUUCUCCAACCUGGCCACUAUCGGAGGCAGAUUACUGUACAGUGGCAUCUCCCUGCUGGUCCUGAAACAGCAGGGCAUCUCCUCACUCCAGCUCCAGUCCCUAAAGGAGAUCAGCGAUGGGAACGUCCACAUCGCCGACAACAGCCAACUCUGCUACUGCGACACCCUCAACUGGACCCAGCUGUUCAGGACGACCAAGCAGAAAGCCCAGAUCCGUAGCAACCGCAGUCCCAAAGAAUGCUCUCGGAGUGGUAUGGUGUGUGACCCUCUCUGCUCAGAUGCUGGGUGCUGGGGCCCAGGCCCAGACCAGUGUCUCACCUGUCGAUACUUCAGCCGAGGCCGGACUUGUGUGGACUCCUGCCACCUGCACCAAGGGGAGAUCCGGGAGUACGCCAACGGCUCCGUGUGUGUGGAGUGUGACGCUCAGUGUGAGAGAGCGGACGAUGACUCUUUGACCUGCAAUGGGCCGGGCCCAGAGCAUUGCAUAAAGUGCCUUCACUUCAAAGAUGGACCAAACUGUGUGGAGAAAUGUCCAGAUGGGCUGCAGGGUGCCAACAGCUUCAUAUUCAAGUACGCUGAGGCCAACAACGAGUGCCACCCCUGCCACGCCAACUGCACCCAGGGGUGUAUUGGACCAAGACUCCAGGAUUGCAUUGGCUGGAUGGACAGGACGCCUCUGAUCGCAGCAGGGGUGAUAGGAGGUCUCUUCAUGGUGGUCAUCAUGGUCCUGGGUGUGGCUGUGUCCAUGCGACGCAAGAACAUUAAGAAAAAGAGAGCACUGCGACGUUUCCUGGAGACCGAGCUUGUGGAGCCCCUAACCCCCAGUGGCACUGCACCCAACCAAGCCCAACUGCGCAUCCUGAAGGAGACAGAGCUCAAACGGGUCAAAAUCCUCGGGUCUGGGGCAUUCGGGACUGUUUACAGGGGAAUCUGGGUUCCAGAAGGAGAAACGGUGAAGAUCCCCGUGGCCAUCAAAAUCUUGAAUGAAGCAACUGGACCCAAGGCAAAUGUGGAGUUUAUGGAUGAGGCCCUGAUCAUGGCGAGCAUGGAGCACCCUCACCUGGUGCGUCUCUUGGGAGUGUGUCUGAGUCCCACCAUUCAGCUGGUCACUCAGCUCAUGCCUCAUGGCUGCCUCCUUGAUUACGUGCACGAGCAUAAGGACAACAUCGGCUCACAACUGCUGCUCAACUGGUGUGUGCAGAUCGCCAAGGGAAUGAUGUACCUGGAGGAGCGCAGGUUGGUCCAUAGAGAUCUUGCUGCCCGGAACGUGUUAGUGAAGUCCCCGAACCACAUCAAGAUCACUGACUUUGGCCUGGCCCGAUUACUCGAUGUCAAUGAGAAGGAGUACAACGCAGAUGGAGGCAAGAUGCCAAUCAAAUGGAUGGCUCUUGAGUGCAUUCACUAUCGAAAGUUCACACAUCAGAGUGACGUUUGGAGUUAUGGCGUGACGAUCUGGGAGCUGAUGACCUUUGGAGGGAAGCCAUAUGACGGCAUUUCCACCAGAGACAUCCCCGACCUGUUAGAGAAGGGGGAGCGCCUUCCACAGCCGCCAAUCUGCACCAUAGACGUCUACAUGGUCAUGGUCAAAUGUUGGAUGAUUGACGCAGACAGUCGACCAAAGUUCAAAGAGUUGGCAGCAGAGUUCACUCGAAUGGCCCGGGACCCACAGAGAUAUUUGGUCAUUCAGGGCGACGACCGGAUGAAGCUGCCCGGUCCCACAGAUAGUAAGUUGUUCCAGAAUCUGUUGGAGGAGGAGGAGCUGGAGGAGCUGAUGGACGCUGAAGAGUACCUGCUCCCACAUGGAUACCCCCCUCUGGCCUACCCGCCCCGCUCCCGCAUGGACCCCAGCAAGGGCCAGUUUGCAUACCAGGACCCCAGCUUCAGUAUGGAGGGCAUGCUGGCCUCUUUGCCCAGAGUGGUGCCUGGAGCGCCCUCUGCUGGGGGCGGUGUGCCGGGGCAGGAGCUGGGCUCAGUGGUGCAGGGGGGCUUCAGCCGGAGCCAGGAUGACCCCCGCUGUAAUGGGACGCUGAGGAAACAGGCCUCUCCUAGGGCCAGCAUGCUGACUGCUUGCUCUGCGGCUCCAGGGGAUGAUGGCAGUGCACAGCGCUACAGUGCCGACCCCACGGUUCUUUUAGCAGAACGAGUCGCCAAAGCAGAGAAGGAGCACGCUGCAGCGAGAGACAAGAACAGCACAGACUAUGUGAACCCUGUGGAGGAAAACCCUUUUGUGACUCGUCGGAGGAACGGAGAGGCCCACGCUGUGAUGGAUGGUGCGGGCUGCCACACGCUGCACAUGGUGGGUGUGGUUGGAGGAACUGUCCCAAAGAGCCAGCCCCCCACCACAGAGGAGGAGUAUGUGAACGAGCCCCUGUAUCUGAACACCUUUCUGAACCCUGGGGACAAGAACGGCCUGGCAGGGGGCAUCUCUAUGGCAGGAGCAUCUGCUCCAAAAACUGUUUCUCAAACAGUGGUCCCGUCCACGUCCAGUCACACGGUGUCAUCCAGUGGAUACGUACUGCCCCCCGGUCACCUGCCCCACUCCUCCUAUCCCUCCCACACGCUGCAUCCUGCCCAUUCAGGACACACUCUGCACUCAGGCACCACCAGCACCAUCAUGUUUGAUAAAAAAGCCAAGAAGGCUACUUUUGACAAUCCCGAAUACUGGCAGCACAGCCUCCCCCCCAAAUCCUCAGUGCAUAACCCUGAGUACCUGCAGGACUGCAGCACGCGCUUCUUUUACCGACAGAAUGGACGCAUCCGCCCCGCGGUGGCAGAGAACCAGGAGUACCUCUCGGAGGCAGCCAUGAAGGCGGGCAAUGUGCUGCCCCCGCCCCCUUACAGACAGAGGAACACUGUGGUGUAGUCCCACUGUAGCACACACAGGCUGGAGGUGACUGGCUCAGACUGUCCACUCAUUUCCACAAACUCUGAACAUGGGAGAACUCACCCGCUGAACACUUGUGUAAUGUCUGAUCACAACUCUUUGAUUUCCAUUUGAAGUUCUGGCUUUUUCAACAGAAUUUGAAUAACGAUUUCUAACAGUCUUUUGACACAGACUCCAUGGAACCAUUUCAUGAAAUAGCUCACAGAAGACUUCUCUAAGCAGUGUGCUCUGGUCAUGUGCUGUAUGUGUCCACAUGAACACACCAUAAGGGUUUAUAGGAGGAUGUGCACUGGGAGGCCAGUGCAUGACCUUGUUUGGUUACUGUACACAUACUGUGAAUGACAUUUUAUUCAAACCAUUUUGUUCCUUUUUUAGCACAUUUAACUCACCAGACAUGAUCUGCCCAUAUAGCAAUAUGCGCUUGUACGUGGUUCAUUUGCACAUCGCUUUGUGUCUCACCAGCAAACCUGCUUAUGAAGCAUAUGUGUUCUGCAUGCUUCCCCUGAACACAUCUUUGACUUUUCCGUGUUACCGCUCCAGUAAUGCAUUUAUCAAGCUCAGCACAUAUCACACAUGUUAACAUACCGCCAGCUCUAACAAUAACCAUACAUUAAUUUGCACAUACAUACACACUGCCAGAUAAGGCUGCUGCUGCUGCUCUAUGAAUUCUCUUCUGGAGGAGAGGUUGCUCUGACCUUGGCUGGAGACAGUGUGUGGAUGAUGGCAGAACGGUCCAUCGCUGUGAGGGGGUCAGUGGGAAAGUAAAUGUCACAACAGGUUUUCUGAAAGCUCUCCGCUGCUCUGUUCCUGCAGCAAAAUCUCCUCCAGUUUGGGCUUCAAAUAACACAGACCUUAUGCCUUUUAGUGUGCCAUCUUUGUCUGAGCACAGGAUCCAGCCAUUCACCACAAACAGACCACAUACUAGGACUAAAGGGAUUCACCAUUGGAACAGACUGUUUAUGUUGUUUUUAGGCAUCAGGGAUCAAUGCGUUCACCAUGUUACCUUGUCUAACACUGGACUGGAAUAAUCAAGAGCACACGCCAAGCUAAAAAAGGGACACUACUCCAAGUAAGUGUUGUAAAUAGGCUCAUUACAUGCCAUUAUCGCGCAUGGUCCAAAGCUGCUUUCAAAAACUACAUAUAAAGACCAAGAUACAAAAGUUGUUCAUUUAUUAAUAUAGUCUACUCCAAAAGCUGUCAGUUAAGCCCUCCUCCAUAUUGUUUUCCAUUCAUCAACUCAACAAAGCAUUUCAACACAUUGUUUAGAUUUGGGAAUGGUGCUAAAAGCCUCAAAAAGCGUGCUAACGACUAUAGUAAAAAUUUGUUUUAAUGAAAUCCUCAAGAAUUUUACAUCAGCUUUUAAGUUCAUAAUAUACAGUGAUUAUUCAGUAGGGAAAAAGCCAAUUUAGUCUGACUCUCCCAAGCCUGGAUAAAUGGUCUUGAUGCCAAAUCCCUGCAAGAACACACAAAGCCAAAUAUUGAUGUUAUGCUAGCACUUACCACACAGUAUACAAUUUUCUACUCGAUCUUUUGGUUGUCUUGCACUGCCAUCCUUAUCCCACGUAUUUCGAGAAUGUCACACGUUUCCAUCGAUGCCACAUGAAUUAAAUAAAAAGUUUUAAUUUGCAUAACAUUUUUGGACUUUUUGGUUGCACUAGCAUUCAGGGUUGUAAUAUGUUGUUAGGAAUUAUAUCUUUCUUUUUUACAAUCUGAGGGCGGUAGUGUGGCGUGCCUCAGGUGGGCUUGGAGUUGUCAGCCUGGGUCCGUACAUGCCUGUUGUUGAAUUGCAUUGAGAAUAGCAGUGUUAGUGUUUGGGUCCAGAGCGCAGAUGUUCCCUGGUGCAGUGCUUUCUCCUCUGGUUUUAUGGGAAAUAAUUAUCACCCACUUGAGCUCCAGCUGAGACCCGACUGGCUACAGCUUGAGCAGUAAAACAUAAAGUGUGAAUAAGAUAAGCGCCGGGAAAUUUAGGAGACAAUGAAAUGUGAAGCUAGAAACAACGUUAAAGACUUAAAGACUUAAAGACUUGAAUGGUCAAAUUCUGCAGUAGCUAAGAUAAUAGUAGUAGUAGUUUGGGUAGGAUUCUGUAACACACGUAGUAAUGUGGUACGCUACUUGCUAUUCAAAUUGGCAAACAUCCAAAACUAAACUAUUUGAGGGAUUUUGCUUGGCUCUAGGCCUGUCACGAAAAAUACUAUAUCGACUUAUCUUUGUACAAGUGGGAACUUUUGGUUAUUUUUCUAUAUUAUGAUAAGACUUAAGCUAUUGAGUUUUAUGAACGUCUAUGACACAUUAUAGAUACAAACUAACUACUUAAGUGUUGUAUUCUGUCUUUUUUACAAUUUUGUACAUUUAAGGUUAUUUUUGGGGGAUAGUUCUACUUUAUGGUUUAGUUUCAAUAUGAUGGUUUAUCGUCUAUAUUUACGUCAGCAAUAUAUCGCCCUUCAAAAUGUGUUAUCCUAACAGGUCAACUUGGCUCCUAAGACUAAAUGAAUGUCAACGAGUACUUGAAAUGUAUAGUAAUUACUUUGUCAUAUGUUAACAGAAGUGGGAAGUACUCAUUUACUUAAGUGUGUUUACUUGAGUAACUUUUAAAGUAGACUGUACUUCUUUGAGUAGUUUUAUGAGUGAUUUAGAUUUUCUCAUUAUUGUGGUCUCUCCUUUGAACCACCAGAUAAUACUUGAGUCAUAUUAUUUUGAAGUAGCCUGACCAAAUGCAGUAUCACUUUUACAUUGAACAAGUUGUACUGCAUAUUUUUACCAAAACUAUAGUCAUUGCAUAUGCCUGUCCCAUCACGUAUUUAAAGCCAUGAUAGUCCCACAAACUACCCAUAAUGCAUUUGUAUGAAAAAAUAAACUGAAUUUUACUGAGGAGCAAACCAUAUCCAGCCAACAUCACAAGGGGCUUUUAGCUUUUUCAAUGCUAAUACACCCACUUUCCCUUUGUAGUUCUAUGGGGAAAUCACGUUAGCCGCCAUCUUUCCCCUGCGCACCCGCUUGAGGAACCCCCCAGCGACCGCACAGUGCGUUUUAAUCCUGCACAGUGCUUAACGCUAACAUAUUAGCAUUCCACACAUGUUACCAGAGCCAUGCAUCAAUGUUACAACAGCUCACGAGGGGAGAGAGAGUAAAUGCACUGUAACAGGGAAAGCAGCACAGGCUUGAUUGCCAUUUUUCUCUUCAAAUGUGAUGGAAGAAUAGUCUAUGUAGCAAACCAGGAUUUUGGCAGCUCUCAAAGUCAAAAUUGCAAAAAAUAACCACGCAAUCUGGCUGGGAAGAAUUAUGAUCAGCGGUCCAAGAAUAUAAAAAUGCAUUUCUUUGGCAAAAUUGAGCUGCAGAUUACCUCUUUGUAGUUGGUCACAGUAUUUCUUAUGCAUUUUUCUUGUCAAGUAUCUGGAGUAACCAUGGAUACUUGUUGUCUUUGCAAAUAUUGAACCUAUACCAUAAAGCUUAUUCUACCUGCUUUUCCAAAUCUCCGUGUUACACCCAUAUGGUACGUGUAGGAAGAUAGGCAAAUAUAAUAACUUUUGGGUUUAUCCGAGAUUAGCAUAUUCAUGAAGCACGACUUUGAGAACAUUUUGGUCUUAGCGUUUGCAUUCGAGGCAUAACAGGUUUGCCAUUUAAAGGUCAGAACACUGUUGCAAUAUACAUUAUCACAACUUAUCAAGAAGGGUUUUGUCAUGUGAUGUUUUCCUGUUUUAGUAGGCAAGUAGACAGACAAAAUAUGUGUGUUAUGAACGAUAUAAUGAAUGUCAACAAACACUUUAAAAUGGCCGUCCUUCUUCCUCUCCUAGACGCAUUUUGUGUUCGUAAACAGGGACCACCAGGGAUCCUGCUGAAAAUUAUUUAUAAUGUGUAUUUGUUUCAGCAAUUUCCAUACAAUGCAUUUUUCUAACCGAUUGUUAUUGAGAAAUGACUAUAGCUAUUCUGCAUUAUAGUUAAUAAAAGCUUACAAUAUUUUACAAAGCAGCUAUCAUUCUCAUUUGGCCAUUGUAAACGCUAAUUGUUUUCAUUCAAUCUCAUGUGUAUUCUCUACUGUGCCAUGUUAGAGGUUGAUUAAGCACAGUUUACAAUGAAAAAGAUUUCUGAGCUAACACUGGAAGCAAGUGUUUCAAUAACGGCUCUGCAUAGUUUAAUAAUACAAUUCAAAUGCCUAAAAUGGGAUAGUAUUUUUAUAAUGGUGGCAAAUGGUGGCAGGUUCAUCUGUAAAUAGGACAGUUCUGUUACUUCUUAGCUCUCUUUGAUUGUUUUUCCUUUAAAUCAUUGCAGAUUUAUGGCUAUAUUGUUCUUUGUUUUAUUCUUUGAGGAAGACCUUUUCUGUAUGUAUAUAAAUUUAUACAGUAAAUAUUAUAUAUAUUCUGUAAAUGUUAUUUGAGAAGUGAUCUUUGACCUUUUGACACUUGCAGGGUCUCCUAGCACACACCCAAUUCAUUACUUCCUCUUUUGUGAAGGUGCAGUUGUGUUUUUCUAGCUACUUUGUGCAUUUUGUUUCAACCUGUACUUUAUUUUGUCCACAGAUGCUUUCUCUUCUUAUCUUCACCCUCUGUAUUAUCCACCCUAUGAGAUUUUUUAAAAGAUUUUGUACACUCCUAAAUGGCUAUUGCAAUACUAACGUGUAUUACUUUUCUUAUCAUGCCACUAUCAACCCAACAUUGUCACUUUUUUCUUUUUUCUUUUUUUUUCUACAGGACCUAUAUGUCUGCUUCUACCAUUUAUUUGCACUGUCCUCUGUAUGAUUACUUGCUGCACAUUUAAGCUUGUCUUGUUGGGAGCUUUACCAUAGACUGUAUAAAGAAGUGGAUUAAGCGUAUGUGAUGUCACCCAUAGCGCUCAGCUCUGUCCAAAUGAAGCUCAUCGAGGUUAGCAGUUGUAGCGGCAAAUUUGGAGCUGAGUUCUAUAUUUGAAAUCAAAGCAACCGAGCGAGGUUGUUGAAGGUAACGCCCCCUCUCCACCCGCAUCGCUGGUUUAGAAGGGAGUGGGCGCUUAGCAACGCUGUCAAUCAAACCUGUUGCUAACGCUAACAGGAGUGACCUUGGGGAAAGAAGGAGCCUGGUUGGUCUGUUAUUAAUGUUCAUAUCAUGAUUUACAGACACAAUUGCUAAAUAAAAAUACCAGGAUCAUGUAGAGCGAGUUAAUAUGAAUAUUUUAAGACCAAAAUGACGAGUCUGACAGCAGCAAUUACGGAGAGAAAGGCGACAGCUUUUCAAUAGAAAGUGAAUUGGAGCCAGAAUCAAUGGCGCCAAAGCUUGUCCCCAUGCUCACUUCUUAUUUGGAAUGAGGCAGCUAGCAGGUUAGCUAUGUCCAUUUAUAUAUACAGUCUAUGGGCUAUACGGAUGAACUAGUGUAGCAAUACAAUAAGGGAUUCAGUACUGUUUGGAGGGUUUUGCAGUGACUAAAAGUGAAAGUUUGGUUAGCUUUAUCCUUACUUUUACGAUUAUCUAUCAAAAGUUGUAAUUUGAUUCAAUCUUUUUAUGAACCAUGUGGAAUAUCUGGCAUGAGUAAUGCACCAAUGUGGAAUGCUAUCAUGGUUCACGCACUGUAAAUUUCAUGACUGAAUUUCUUUGCACUUGAUUUCACAAAAGCUGCUAAGAAGAAGCUACAUUGAACUAGUUCUCAGUGUGUUUGCCAGUCAACUUCUGUUACAUAUUUUGCAUUGAAACACAUUGGUUACAUUCAUGUUUUGACUACUGUAUAUCAGAAGUCAUUGCAUCCAUUGAAAUGUGUGUCUUCAAUUGAAAUAAUAUUAAAAAAAAUAUUCUGUAUGGACUCACGGACAUUGCAUUUUCUAGAGUGUUAACCCGAUUUCACUGGACUCCACUACUUUCCCUCCCUGAGCUACUACACUGAAAUACGUAUUCCCUCUGUUUUGUUACAUAAAUCUGUCAAAAUAUAUUUUUAACUCAAUAUGAAUAAAGAUCAGUCAAUAUUUAA